CAACAAACUUAUACUUCUAUAAAAUAAUUAUGUGAAAAUCUUUUUAUGGUUAUUAUUUUCUAUUUUGCCCAAAAAAACCAAAUUAUCAAAUCGUCGAAACAAAUGUUGUUGGAAAAUGGAAACAUUUUGGAUUUAUUGUUUGCCAACAACGAUGAUGAUAUGAUAUUUGAUAAACAAGGAAAAUUAUGGAUCAAUCCGAAUGAUUUGUUGAUGAAUAUUGAUCAGGAUCAACCAUCGAUUGUCGACGAUAAUCAAUUUAAUCAAUAUUAUUGUCGAUUACGUGGAAAUCUAUUGUUCGUAGUCGAUUCAUUCGAUAGCAAAUCAAAACAACAACCAUCAUUAAAUUUGAUAAUUUUGAGCAAAAAUUUUACGAUAAAAUUAUGUGAUUCACGGACAACAUCGAAAUCAUCAUCCUUAUUAUUCGAAUUUUGUUUAUUGUUAAAUGUUUCAUCGAAGAACAACAAGACGGCGACGUCGACGACCACCGUGGAAAAAUAUCGAUUUGCAUGCGAUCGAAUUGAAGAUCGUGAUGAUUGGAUUAAAAAAAUUUAUCUAUCAUCAUUUGAAUUUCUGCAUACAUUACAUCGAGCACUUGAUGAAGAUUUUUUGCUAAAAAAAUUGAAAUUAAAACAGCAGCAAAAUUCCAACAAUCAAACUGACCACCUUAUCAUCGAUGAUGAUGAUCAUGAUUAUCGUAUCGAUCAAUCGCCGAUCAAUUUUCAUCUAAUAAUUGGCUGUGAUAAUGUAAACACAUUGUGCAAUCAUUCACAGACUAGUCCUUUACUAUUUUUAAAAAUUUUUCAACGAAAAAAUCAAUCCAAAAACCAAGAAACAUGGAAAUUCCUUGGUCAAACGGAAACAAUUCAAUCCCGAAGUCCACAAUUUGUCAAUUCAAUUCGAAUGAUGGAUUUUCAACAACAAGAAAUUCAAUUGAAAUUCGAACUUUAUUCGGUUAUUGAAUCAUAUUUUCGAAUUGAAUUAUUUUUGGCAUAUGCAUUGGAUCAAAUUCAAAUUUCAAAACAAUCCAUUAAUGUUAUUAAUGAGGUUAGUUUAACAAAUCCAAAAACAAGAAAAUUUGUUGGACAUUUGAAAUAUCAGAUAAUAAUCGAUAGACAAAAUGAAAAUGAUGGUUAUUUAAAUGAUUUUUCGGUAAAUAACCAUUUUCAACUGCCACAACUUGAAAUGUCUGGUAAAUUGGAAAAAUCCAAAGAAAUUCGAAUGGAAAAAGAACAUCCAGAUCGGGGAAAUAUUCCGGAAACGCUUUUCAAUCAACCACCAAUUACACGACGAUUAUGUUUUAAUCCAUAUGAUCAAUCAAAUUUAUCGAAAAUUAUUGUCGAAGAAUUUAUGCAAGAUUCAAGUUUUGUUUUCAUUAUUCCAUUGAUUCUUUUAAAAUCCUUUACAAAAGAUGAAGAUUUUAUCCUGAAAAUAAUUGUCGAACAAAAACAAUCACUUUCCCGUUGUAAUUUCUAUGAAAAAUUAUUAAAUUUUCAUUCGGAAACUAAAAAAUUAUUGGAAAAAAUUAUCCAAGAUAUUUCUACAUUCAAAUUAACACAUACAUUUCGUCCAUCUAAAAUGAAAAAAGAUUUAUUCAUACAAUUCAUACCGAUCAAUUUGCAUAGACAAUUAUUUCACGUUGAAUUUAAUGGAAAAUCAUCCAAUCAAUUACGUAUUUAUACGGUUGGUGCAUUUGCCUGUCAUCAUUAUGGUUUUGAUAAAUUUAAUUGGAAAAAUUUUGCCGGAACAACAACGCAAACAACAAACGUUGAUGAAAUAUGGAAAUUAUUUCAAAAAUUAUGGAAAAUUUCUCAUAAUGAACAGAAAAUUUUCGAAUGUUUAGAUAAUUUAGACAACUAUUUCAACAACAACGAUGACGAUAACUUAUCGAAGAUAAAAUUGUUGUAUGAAAAGAUCCAUCGAUGGUCGGAAGAUUUGAUCGAUUUAAUUGAUACAAAUGAUUUGGAUCAAAUGAUGAACAACAAUAACGAUAAUGAUUUACGAAAUUAUCUGGAAGAAUUACAUUUAGAACCAAUCGAUUUAAUAUAUUUGAAUAUUAAAGCUUGUUUUGUUGAUAUUGAUGAUAAAAUUCAACGUUAUCAAACGACGAAGACGACGACGACGACGAAAUUUAUCAAUGAAUUUGAACCAUGUAAUCGAAAAUUACGUAAUGCAAUUGGAUCACUGAAACGUACAAUAUUUGUUUGUUAUAUAAGUGCAUUUGCAAGAAUUGUAACUGGAUCAACGACAAAAGAUAAUCACUUGGAAUCAUUUCGACAAAUAAAAUUUCGUUGGUUAUCAUUAUUGUGUCAAUCAUUAACAGCAGUGAUAAUAUUUAUUCAGGAUCAAAUUUUAGAUGAAAAAAUUUGUUUUGAUUUUUUAACAAACAUAAAUCGUACUGGUAAUAUUCUGAUUCUGUUUGAAGCAUUAUUAAGUUGUUUUUCCGAAGAAACUGGUAUGCUUGAAGAUAUGUUAUUUGCACUGGAUACCAUAUCAAACAUUACCCAUAUCACAUUUUGUUUUGAUGGUGAUCAAAUGACCAAUUCCGGAACGAAAAUGAUUCCAAAAAUUGAUUUUAAUAGUGAUAAAAUUCAUCUUUUAUUUCAUAUCGAUCCGGUUAAAAUAGCCGGAACAAAGAAAUUCGAACGAAUCAUCGAAUGUCGACUAUUGCCAUUAAUUUUUAAUGUUGGUGUUAAUCAUCAAGCAUCAUUGCCAAAUAACAUUUUUAAAAAAAGUUUACAAGAAGAAUUAAAUGAAUCUAGUUAUAAAAAACUUAAAUCCUUUAUCGAAGAAUUUUAUCCAACAAAUAAUCAUUGUCGACAAUUGUUAUUCGAUUUGGAAACGGAAUUGAAACGAUUUAAAUCGAAAAAUAUUCGAAUUUUAGAAUUAUCUAAUGAAAUUUGUCGUCAAUUUGAUGGAAAUAUUAUCAAAACGACUUGUUGUAAAAGUGCUAAAGAUCGUACCGGUAUGUCGGUAACAUUGGAAGAGGUGCGAUUUGUAUUUAAAUUUCUGAAUUUUCAAAAAGAUUUACAUCAACAUUUAUUUCAAACAAUGUUGGAUACAAUUCGUAGUUAUGGAAAAUUAGGUGUCGAAUUUCAUUAUCAAUUCGAAGAUGAUGAUAAUGAUUGUCAAGAAAUUGUUCAAAUUUUUUUCAUUUCAAGAUUAGCAGCCGUUCUUUGUUUAUGUGAAGAUUUUUCCAUUCAUUUAUUGAAAAUUCCAACCAAAUCCACCAAUUCAGAUAUAACAAAAUUAUAUUCGAAUAAUUUUUUUGUACAAAACAAUGAUGGUGAUAAUGAUCAUCAUACAAAUCAACAACCUUCAAAAAUCAUAACAUCAUUAGCAUUGAAUGAAAAACAAACCAUUUUGUUUAUCGGCCUGAAUAAUGGUGAUAUUCAAUUGAUGAACAUUGAUGAUUCUUUAUCAUUGAAAGAUGAUUCGACAAUCAAAUUGGAUGAAAUAUUAAAAUCAAUUCCAGAAGAUUUGAAAUUAAAACCAGGUUCAGUUGAAGUAAUCCAGGAACAACCGGGUCAGGAUGGAAAAAUUUUGAUCGGUUAUAAUCGUAGUCUGAUUGUUUUAUGGAAUUAUCAACAAAAAUCGUUGGAAAAUUAUUUCCAUAUUGAACAGCAUCUUGAACAUUUAUCAUGGAACAAUGGUAAUGGUGGUAAUGAUGGUUUUAUUAGCUGUCAUAAUGAUGGUAGUUAUAAUGUUUGGUCCGCGAAUCAAGAACAACAUGAUUGUAAAAAUUUUAAAUUACCAUACGGACCAUUUCCGUGUAAAGCAAUCAGGAAAAUAUUUUGGAAUUCAUCACCAUCCGGAGAAUAUAUCAUUUUUAAUGGUGGUAUGCCAAGAGCAUCAUAUGGUGAUAAAGAAACCGUAUCCAUUAUACAUAAUAUUGAUAAUAAUAAUGGUGAAAAUUCAUCAUCAGCCAAUGAAAGAAAUAUUGUUCUGGAUUUUACAUCGAAAAUUGUUGAUUUUUUACCAAUAUUUUCAUCAACCGAAAAUGAUGAUAAUGAUUCGUCAAAACUUGAAGCAUUAGUUGUAUUAGCUGUUGAAGAAUUAGUUGUUAUCGAUUUACAACAUCAAGAUUGGCCACAAUUUAAAUUACCAUAUUUAUCUUGUUUACAUUCAUCACCAAUAACAUAUUCCCAAUAUUAUUCUAAUGUUAAUCCAGAUAUUUUUAAACAAAUUUUGGAUAGUGGAACGAAUGAAUCGAAUGUUAAAUAUAGUCAAAAUAAUUGGCCAAUUAAUGGUGGUAUUGCAGCUAUAUCAACAUCAACGGGUUCAUCAGCUACAUUGAUUAAUGAUCAACAACAUAAUUUAUUAAUUACUGGUCAUGAAGAUGGUACUGUUCGUUUUUGGGAUUCAUCAUCAACAAGAUCGCUAAAAUACCUGUAUACAAUACAUACAUCGAAGUUAUUCAAUUUGAAUGAAGAUGAUAUUUUAUUGGAAAAUGAUGGUGAUGAUCAUAAUUUAAGUGGUGGUCAAGAUGGUGAAGAUGAUGAUGAUCAAAUUGAAUGGCCACCAUUUCGUAAAGUUGGUCAAUUUGAUCCAUAUAGUGAUGAUCCACGUUUAGCUAUAAGAAAAUUAACAUUUUGUCCGGAACAAGGUCUGUUGGUUGUUGGUGGUACUGCUGGUCAGAUAAUUUUAUUUGAUUUUAAUGAAAAACCAUUGGAAUUACGAUCAGAAUUUAUUGAAAUACGUAUUAUUGAUGAAAAAGAUUCAUUCAUAUGGAAAGGACAUAAUUGUUUACCGGUACGAAAAUCAAUGAUAAAAUUUUCUUCGGGUUAUCAACCAAAAAAUUUUAUACAAAUUUAUCCACCUGCUGCUAUAACAGCAUUAGUUAUUUCAACAUGUUGGCAAGUCGUUAGCAUUGGUACUGCACAUGGAUUUACAUUAUUUGAUUAUCAAAAAAAUUUACGUUUAAUUGUCAAAUCAACAUUAAAACCAAGCAAUAUUUCAUCAGCAAUGGGUGGUGAUGCAUUAAUUUCACGUAGAAAAUCAUUUAAAAAAUCAUUACGUGAAUCAUUUCGUCGUUUACGUCGUAGUCGUUCACAAAAAAGUAAACGUAAUAUUCAAAAAACUAAUCAACAGCAAUCAACAGGUAAAAUUCAUGAAGUAAAUAAUCGUUUAAUGAAUAAUCGAACGAUUACCGAGCAAAUUGAUCAUCAUUCGAUUAAACCGGUUGAACGAGCAAUUGAAGCAAACGUUACCAAUAAAUCUUCGGAUGAUAUGAUGAGUUCGAUGGUCAGGUUUUUUUAUUUUUGUUCAUCACCAAUCAUAAGUAACAGUAAGUAUUAUCAUUAUCAUUUUUCAGAUCAACUUUGUCCAUCGUUUUGGGUCGGUACAAAUGCCGGAACACUUUUUAUCUAUGUUUUAAUGAAUGAUAAAAAUGCAUCAACGACCACGACAACUUCGAUUCGAUGUUGGCAGUUAGCCAAAGAAGUACAAUUAAAACAUAAAGCACCGAUAAUAUUCAUUAGAUUAAUUGAUUCGAAUGGUAGACCUUUAUCGGAAAAUAUUUUACCAUCACAACAACAACAAUCGAUAGAAUCGAAUGAAAAAUCGAUAUCGAUACCGAAUCGAAUAUUAAUUUGUUCGGAAGAGCAAUUUAAAUUGUUUAGUCUUCCAAAUUUUAAAACCAUACAAAAAUUUAAACUAACAGCACAUGAAGGUGCACGUGUUAGAAAAAUUGAUUUUGGAAAAUUUUAUCAUAAACAAAAUUCCAAUCUAAUGGAAUAUUCGCUAAUGUUCCUAACAAAUUUAGGUGAUGUUAAUGUAUUUCAAUCAUGGCCAGAUUUUCGUCGAAAAUAUCAACAACAAGUGCUGAAAAAAGAAGAUAUACAUGGAAUUUGUAGUUUUAUUUUUACUAAUAAUGGUGAAGGAUUCUAUCUAAAAUCAUCGAGUGAAUAUCAAAGAUUUACCCUUUCAGCACGACGAUCAGAUCAACAAGAAUGUCAUAUAAAAUUGGCCGAAAUUCAAGCAACGAAUGAAACGAAUUCGAAUAAAAUUUCGUAA